AACUCCCGCAUGCCGGCUGACACUUGUUGAGAGAGAGAACACCUCCAGGCUCCAGCGUCUCACUGCACCUCCUUCUGGGGUGUUCCCGCCGGGAGUGAUGAUCGACCCCGAGUCCCAUCUCCUGCAAAACCACCAGAACCAGCUCCAUCACAGCUCCCCCAACGUCGACUCCCUCCCGCCCAAGGGCGCCCACCAGGCCCCGGACAUGGCGGCGGCGUACUGCGACAGUCUCAGCGGCAUGUACCACCAUCACCAUCACCACCACCAUCACCACCAGCAGCAGCAGCAGCAGCAACAGCAGCAGACCCUGCAGACCUCCACCCACCGGGCGGCCGGCUUCGGCCUCGGGGAGUACGCGUCCCCGUCGAGUCAUUACAUGUGGGGCGUCAACCCCGCUUCGUCUUACCUGCACGCCGGUAGUCCCGCCGCGCCCUUCGCUCCGCCCUCGUACGGCUCGCAGCGGCAGUUCCUGGCCGCCGGCUCAUCCGCCUUCGGCGGCCCGGAGCUGGGCUGGCUGUCGGUGGCGAGCCAGGAGGAGCUGCUCAAGUUGGUCCGGCCUCCGUACUCGUACUCGGCGCUCAUCGCCAUGGCCAUCCAGAACGCGCAGGACAAGAAGCUGACCCUAAGUCAGAUCUACCAGUACGUGGCGGACAACUUCCCCUUCUACAAGAAGAGCAAAGCCGGCUGGCAGAACUCAAUCCGGCACAACCUGUCACUCAACGACUGCUUCAAGAAGGUUCCCCGGGACGAGGACGACCCUGGAAAAGGAAACUAUUGGACGCUGGACCCCAACUGUGAGAAGAUGUUUGACAACGGAAACUUCCGCCGAAAGAGGAAGAGAAGGUCUGAUGCCAGCGGGUCCGCAGGGGUCACCAAGGUCGAGGACGGCGGCUUGGCGAUGGGCUCCACGCCCAAGCCCGCUGACAGCCCCCCGCCGCUGGGGCCGCCCUCGCCGGACAUGGAGGCCCUGGGCGAGAACCUGAAGACACCAUCGCCAUGUUUCAACAACUUUUACAGCAGCAUGUCCUCGCUGGGCUCAGUGGGCCCAAACCGGCAGGGGCCCCUGGGACUGCUCAAUGAGUUGUCCAACAGGAACAUUACGGCCCUGGGCGGCGCCUACCACAGCGGGCCGGACACGGGCCCGCCCGAGCACCCCAGCGACGGCCUGCAUUUCAACCGGGGAGUUUACUACAACACCUUUGCAGGGGGGCAGGGCGGACAGUUGGGCGGCCAUUUGUACAACAGCUUCAGCGUCAACAGCCUCAUUUACCCCCGCGACGGCUCCGAGCUAUAGGGGUCAGUGAGGUCGCCUGCUCCCUGGACACUUCAUUAGGCUCACCAGCACCAAUCACAACGCAUGGUUUAGGUGUUGUUUCAGCAAUAUGUUCGUUGUUCGUGUUGGUCACAUGUUGGUGGCUGUAUUGAGCGAAAAUAUUCCAAACAGUACUAAUGACAUUCAUUUUGUUCAGCGGACACUGUCUUGCGCUGGUGCAGGUGUCCGUAAUGAAAUGACCAGGAAGUGUUUGAGCUUUAUUACUUAGUGACCACGCCAUAUUUUAUGUUGGUUUUUUUAAUCACAGUUUCCUUUUCAAACCUGUGUUGUCUCGUUGACAGCAGUUGAUAUAUACUUUCAGCAUCUUACCAAAUGUUUUAAUGGCAUGUGUUGCUUUGUGGCGGCCAAAACAAAACGAAACGACGAGUUCAAACCUGCCAAAGUUGCCUUUUUUUGACGGGCGGGAGGGAAGGGGGGUGUUGCCUCACGUUACCUCACAAAGACGUCACCUCACAAAGAUGUCAGCUGUCAGAUUCUCGUGCAGUAAACACAACUUGACUGAAAGGACAGCACUGCGCCUCAUUCUAAUAUUCAUAAUUAUACACCCAUUGUAUUUUUGUAAACUACAGGUGGGAAAUAUUUAUGCUAUUUAUGCUGGCAGGAAUUUUUGUCAACUCUUGCCUGAACAUAUUUUGAUUAAUGAGGCCCUUGGUUGUAGUGCGUGCGUGUGUGUGUGUGUGUGUGUGUGUGUGCGUGCGCGUGCGUGUGUUUGUGUCUAUAUAUCCAUCCAUUUCCUACCGCUUGUCCCUUUCGGGGUCGCGGGAGGUGCUGGAGCCUAUCUCAGCUACAUUCGAGCGGAAGGCGGGGUACACCCUGGACAAGUCGCCACUUCAUCGCAGGGCCAACACAGAUAGACAGACUAUAUAUAUAUAUAUAUAUAUAUAUAUAUAUGUAUGUGUGUGUGUGUACAUACCGUAUUUCCUUGAAUUGCUGCCGGGGCGCUAAUCAAUUUAAAACCUUUUCUCACUCCUGCACUUACCAAAGGUAUGCGGUAAAAGUAAGCAUGCACUAAUUAUUUUAAAACCUCUUCUCACUCCAGCACUUACCAAAGGUAUGAAGUAAAAAUUUGAGUGUGAUGUAAGCUUGGACCUUAAUGGCCAACUGAAAUGAGAUUUUCUUAUUUAAACGGGGAUAGCAGGUCCAUUCUAUGUGUCAUACUUGAUCAUUUCGCGAUAUUGCCAUACUUUUGCUGAAAGGAUUUAGUGGAGAACAUCCACGAUAAAGUUUGCAACUUUCGGUGCUAAGAGAAAAGCCCUGCCUCUACCGGAAGUCGCAGACGAUGACGUCACAUGUUUGAUGGCUCCUCACAUAUUCACAUUGUUUUUAAUGGCAGUCUCCAAGAAAAAGUGCUAUUCGGACCGAGAAAACAACAAUUUCCCCAUUAAUUUGAGCGAGGAUGAAAGAUUUGUGUUUGAGGAUAAUGAUAGAGACGAACUACAAAAAAAACAAGUUAAAAAAGACGCGAUUGCAUUGGGACGGUUUCUGAUGUUUUUAAACACAUUUACUAGGUUAAUUCUGGGAAAUCCCUUAUCUUUCUAUUGUGUUGCUGGUGUUUUAGUGAGUUGAAUAGUACCUGAUAGUCGGAAGGGUGUCUCCACGGGUGUGUUGACGUGCAGUGUCUCAGGGGAGUCGACGGCAGCUAUGGACGGCACAAGCUCAGCUUUUCUCCGGUAAGAACCGACUUUUUAACCACAAUUUUCUCACCGAAACCUGCUGGUUGACAUGUGGUCGGAAGCCAUGUUCUCUUGACCGCGCUCUGAUCCAUAGGAAAGUUUCACCUCCAGGAAUUUUAAACAAGGAAUCACCGUGUGUUUGUGUGGCUAAAGGCUAAAGCUUCCCAACUCCAUCUUUCUACUGUCACUUCUCCAAUAUUAAUUGAACAAAUUGCAAAACAUUCAGCCACACAGAUGUCCAAAAAACUGUAUAAUUAUGCCGUUAAAGCAGACGACAUUUAGCUGUGUGUGUGCGGUGCUCAUAUUUCCUAAAAUCCUGUGACAUCUAGCAUACACGUCAUCAUUACGCGACGUUUCGAAGACGAAACUCCCGGGAAAUUUAAAAUUGUAGUUUAGUAAACUAAAAAGGCCGUAUUGGCAUUUGUUGCAAUAUUAAUAUUUCAUCAUUGAUAUAUAAACUAUCAGACUGUGAGGUGGGUAGUAGUGGGUUUCAGUAGGCCUUUAAAUCCUACUGAAUAGCUCUUAAUCUUCUUCCCUUUAUGCGAUUUCAAAUUACCGGUAUUGAAAUCAGUCUCCUCCAUUUUGAAAAUGAUGACAGGGGAAAUGUCACUCGUGACGUCACAAGUUUGAACAGGCGGUAAUCCUAAGCAUGCGCUAAUUAUUUUGGGAAGCGAGUUUGACCCGGCAGUAAUUCAAGGCAGGCGCAUACUAUAUGCCCUGCGGCAAUUCAAGGAAAUACGG